AUGUUUUUUUCUUUCUUUCUUUUUCGCUCUUUCGUUCAUUUUUCUUUCUUUCUUUUUCUUUCUUUCUUUCUCUUUGUUUCUUUUUUAUUUGCUUCUUUCUUUAUUUCCGUCAGCUUAUUUGUCUUUCUUUCUUUCUUUCUUUCUUUCUGCCUUUCAGCCUUUCUUUCUUUCUAUCUUGAAAACUUUCAUUAUACAUGUUUUUUUUCUUUCUUUCUUUUUCGCUCUUUCGUUAAUUUUUCUUUCUUUCUUUUUCUUUCUUUCUUUCUCUUUGUUUCUUUUUUAUUUACUUCUUUCUUUAUUUCCGCCAGCUUUUUUGUCUUUCUUUCUUUCUUUCUUUCUGCCUUUCUGCCUUUCUUUCUUUCUGUGUGUAUUUCUUUCAUUCUGUGUUUUCUUUCUUUCUUUUUCCCUCUUUCGUUCUUUCUUUCUUUCUUUCUUUCUUUCUUUCUUUUUCUUUCUUUCUUUCUGUCUGCCUUUCUUUCUUUCUUUCUUUACUUCUCUUUCUUUUUCUCACCUUUCUUUUUCUUUCUUUCUCUUUCUUUCUUUUUUAUUUACUUCUUUCUUUAUUUCCGUCAGCUUAUUUGUCUUUCUUUCUUUCUUUCUUUCUUUCUUUCUUUCUUUCUUUCUUUCUUUCUUUCUGUCGGCCUUUCUUUCUUUCUAUGUUUUUUCUUUCUUUCUUUUUCACAUUUGCGUUCUUUUUUUUAA